AUGGAUGAAUUCUGGAGCCACAGUUGGCAUGGCAGCACACGGGCAAAGGUGAUCACGGCCUUCUUCGAAAACAACGGACGCAUUGCGCCAUUGAUUGCCACAGGGUGUGCUGCUGGUGCAGCAGGUCUUUUCGCGUUGGGCAUUUUGCCCAUGAGUUUCCAGAAGCACCAGGCGUCACCGCCUGUGCCGGAGUAUCCUUUCCGAUCCUAUUGGGGCAAGGCUGUUGGCUUCUUCGUGUACUGCAUCGUCCUCCUUUGCUGGAAGCCGAGGAAAACAGUAUUCUUGGAUGCGUUGUGCAUCAACGACGACGAUGACAGAUGGAAGUGCGCGGCGCUGUUAAGCAUGCCGGUCUUUCUGAAGGCAGCAGACUCUCUACUUGUGCUGUGGGAUGAGACGUACACACAGCGCAUGUGGUGUUGCUUCGAGAUUGCCUCCUUCUUGCAUGCCCACCCUGGUAAGAAGGCGAGCAUAAGAGCCAGGCCGACAUUGCUGGGCCCCUGCUUCAUCUCCAUCCCUGUAUCUUUGUCCUUCGUGCUGUUGUCUAUGGCAUUUAUUCCAGCUGACCGGGCCCAGUACGGCAGCCACGCACUCGCGUGGUCGACAAUGGCCGCGCUUGGCUGCUCUGAUGCCAAGUUUGCCCAGUGCAAAUAA